CCGGGCUCGGACGCUGAAGGUGGCCUAGCGCUUUUGGCUGCUUCUCCUCCAGCCGUUGGUCGCGCAUGCGUAGUGAGUCUCUGCGACGACCUGCGACCGUGUAACCAGAUCACAACAGUGAGUUUGCAGCACCAAGGACAGGUCAGGCACUCGAGCAGGAGACCCGCCGUCUUUGGCCACGAUGCCUUUGGGAUUCUCUACAGUGAGCCUCCGCUCCGAGGAGGGCAGCGAGGGCUUCCUGGACAGCCUGGACUGGGAGCUGAGCAGACUGCAGCGACAGUACAAGGUGAUGGAGGUGGAGAGACAGGCCUACAGCAAGGAGGUCCACCAGCGCCUCAAAAAGCAGCUGGAGGAGAUCCAGCAUCUGGAGGAGGUGCGGGCCGAGCUCCAGACGAAGAUCAGAGUGGCGCAGACCCAGGUGAAGCGGCUGCGGGACGGCGAGCGGCUGGAGAGCAUGGGCCGCCUGCUCAAGUGCAGGGCGCAGGUGCAGGCGGAGGUGGAGGAGCUGCGGGAGCAGAGCCGAGCCCUGGACAAGCAGAUCCAGGAGUGGGAGGCCCGGAUCUUCGCCCAGAGUAAGAACGGCCUGGCUCCGGGCUUCAUCAUGGAACAGAAGGUCAAGACCCGACGCAGGAUCAAGAUCCUGGAGGACCAGCUGGGCAGGGUCACCUGUCGCUUCGACAUCCAGCUGGCGCACAACGCGGCCCUGCGGGAGGAGGUGGACCUGCUGCGCAUCGAGAGGACCCGCUACCUGAACGUGGACCGCAAGCUGAAGAAGGAGAUCUCCCUCUUGCAGCAGACGGUCAGCACCCUCAUUGCCUCCUCCACCUCGGCCUACGCUGUCAGGGAGGAGGCGAAGUCCAAGAUGGGCGUGCUGCGGGAGCGGGCAGAGAAGGAGGUGGCGCAGAGCGACACGGAGGCGCAGAUCUUGCAGCGGCAGGUGUCGCACCUGGAGCAGCUGCAUCGCUUCCUCAAGCUCAAGAACAACGAGCGCCAGCUGGACCCCGCCGUCCUGCAGAAGCGCGAGCAGCGGGAUCCGAGAGGCCUUGUACCAGGAGCGCGUGCGCGCUGAGAGCCCGAACCCGCACGAGGAGCAGCGCCUUGCCCUACAGAAGCGCGUGGACAUCGUGCGCACCGAGGCCGAGCGGAUCGAGGCCCGGUACCAGAGCCUGCGGAAACAGCUGGAGAAGCUCAAGGCCGACAUCCAGCUCCUCUUCACCAAGGCCCACUGUGACAGCAAGAUCAUUGAUGACCUCCUUGGGGUCAAGACCCACACGCGGGAUCGGGACAUAGGUCUCUUCCUGGGCAUCAUUGAGAAGCGCCUGGUGGAGCUCCUGACCGUGCAGGCCUUCCUGAACAUGCAGAACCAGUCCUCCGAUUCCGACGCUGCGCUCUUGGUGCUGGGCCAGAGCCAGGAGGAGCCUCCAAAGAAGAUGGACAUGCCGCAGCCCCCUGACAAUCUAGAGGACCCCCCUGGCUUUGUGGCGAAGGACAGCUACCCCAUGAGCAGGGAGGAGCUGCGGCAACUCGUGGUGAAGUCGGUAGAGCUCCGGGAGCUGGCACAGGAGCAGAGCCAGAAGGAGCUGUCCGAGGCCACGAGGAAGUUGGAUGGCGCUCUGAGCACCGGGUUCUCCCCCACGCGGGGGUCCGGCACAGGCUCUGUCGGAGGGAGCACCAAGAAGACCACUGGGAUCCCUGGGUCCAUCCUGAGCCACAGGACUAGCAAAAGCCAUGGCACUGGCACCGUCAGCCGCGUCACUUUUGGCAUUCCCAGCUCCAGCUCAGGCCAGGUGUCCAGACUUGACACCCUUGUGGAGCACAGCUCCAGUACUGGCAGAGCACAGGGGUCCAGCCCGGCCUCGAGUCUCAGGAGCUCCCGAGGUCACCCGGGCUCCACUGACUCGGUGGAGUCUAGCAGAGGCCAAGAGAGCCCUGGAGGUGGCACAGAGAGCAGAGGCCCUACCUCCUCCAGCAAGGACUCCCAGGGUUACGCCUAGGGGCGCAGCUCUGCCUGGCCCACAGCAGGCUUUCUCUGGGUUUGUGCCUCGCUCUUUGCCUUGGGGCUCUGUCUCCUUCUCCCAGCCCAGACCUCUGCGUCUCUCUGCCCUCCACCUCCUCCCAUCUGCUUGUCAGUGUUGCCCAUCUCUGUCUCCUUGGCCCUAACCCUCUGCUGUCCUUGCUCCUGCUCUGCAUCCCCCUCUCUGGCUCCUCCUCCCCACCUCCCCACUCUCCCGGCAUCUCACGUCCCUGCCUCUGUAGCUCCUCGGUCCUUACCCGCCAAGACCCCUGUACCGACAAGGUGAGCCGUGACCGUGGGAGGUAAAGCUCCGAGCUCCAUGUUUACCCCAGCCUGGUUACAAGCUAAAUCUAAGCAGAUAAUGGAUCAUCUACCUUUUGAACUUUGAGGCUUAUUCCCUUCAAAAUGGGAAUGAGUGAGAGGCUUGAGACAUGGCUGCUUCCUCUACUAGCCCAGAGGGAAAUCUGUGACCCUGUCCCUGUUCUCUGCCAUUCAGUCACUCAUCUUUUAAGUCUUCCACGUUUUCAGCUCUGGUGGGAGCCGUGUCAGUCAGGACAGGCUGGGUUAUGCUGAGGUAACAACCAACCUCAGAAUCAGUGGCCCUAAAGCAGCAAAGGUUUCCUUCCCCAUUGUGGGUCAGCCAAGAGCCCUGCUCCCUGUCACCCGUGUGCCCCAGGCCAGUGGAACAGUCACCGUCUGGAGAGGUGCCAGUCCCUUUGGCACUGGAAGAGACAGAAAACGGCAAAGCAGGCAGUGACUCUUGGAGCGUCGACUGGAUGUGACGCACUCUCCUUUAUUCACAUUUAUCAACCGAAGGUCGCUUGACCGUGCCUCAGCUCCAGAGGGUGGCUGGGUGAGGGAGUGCCGUGUUUCCUCGUGUCUGGGAGGAGGAAGGGAUAUUUGCAGGCAACAGCUGCAGGGUCAGAGGCAAAGCCGACCUUGUUCCUGUCCUUAGUGGGGCGGGCUUGGGAUGGGGGCUUAGAACAUUGUGGAUGACUCUUCUCUGAAGCUGAGUCAGGCCAAAUGCCUGCCAAACAAUCCAGAUAAUUGAUUCACCCUCCUGACUCAGGAAGGUGAUGCUUUGAGUCUGAUUCCCCUCAAAAUGAGUGGUAACAGUACGUACCUUCAGGGAGGUUUUCUUUUUGUGUGAGAAUAAAAUGACUUGAUGACACAUAAAGCCUGGCGCAUAGUAAGCAUUCAAAAAUGUCUGAUUAUAAAUACACUCACCCCUUGGUAUCUGGAGGGGUUUAGUUUCAUAACUCCUGUGGAUACCAGAACCCACAAAUGUGCAAGUCUCUUACUUGGAAUGGCAUAGUAUUUACACCCAAUCACAUCUUGUCUGCUGAAACCUCUCUGACACCCCAAGACUGUGAGUGCUGUGUGAAUAAGGAUACAGCUCAGUGCGAACGUCCUGGACCCCAUCCUUGGUCAAACAACAAAACACAAGAAAACGAACCUCUGAUUUGCCCAUCUUUGAUUAAUUAGCCUUUAUCAAGACAAAAUUAUAAGUAGUGGGACUACAGGAAGAAAGUUUUUAAAGCAAAUAAAGUAUUCCAAAUAUA